AUGCUCGACUAUCUGUCUCUAAUUGCCUACGGCAUCCCAAUCUUAUAUUUUGGACCGUAUCUAUUAUCCUAUUUCACCACGUUGUUCGCGUCUCGACGUUUUGCAAAGACAUCGCCCAUUCCAAGUGUUACCGUUUAUACAUGGCGGGACUCGAUACUAGUUUGGUUAUUCUCGCCAUAUAUAGCGCCGUUCUUUGAGUGCCUCCCAUUCCGUCUGGGACACUGGGUGCUCUAUGUGAAACGAGAUUUCUCGUGGUGCACAAAGGGCGACUUGGCCAGGAAGGAAGUCGGUGAUGUUUACUGGGCUGUUGGCCCAGGUGGUGCUCAAUUAUGGGUGUCCGAUGCAGAUUUGAUCACCCAGAUUGUCCACAGACGCAAUGACUUUGUGAAGAGAGUUUCCGAUUAUGCAAUUCUAAACAUUUUUGGUUUUAACGUUGUUACCACCGAGGGAGCUUUAUGGCAGCGACAUCGAAAAAUUACUGGGCCGCCGUUUAAUGAGAAGAAUAGCAGCCUCGUAUUUGAUCCGCAUCGCAAAUCUCCAUAUUCCUAUCCCAUGUUAGUUCAGCAGCUUUUCGGAAUGCUAACUGUAACCCCCAAUCACGAAGGCACCCACGCCCAGGGAAAGGCAAUGCUGGCAUCUUUUACCUAUGAUGCCGAGGGAAACGAAUCACCCGCAGGGCAAGAGCCCGUUGUUGAAGAUCUAAUACACUGGAUGAUGACUGUUACACUCAAUGUAAUAUCCAGUGCGUCGCUCAAUAUCAACGCAGUCUGGCCGAUUCAUUCCGUUGCUGCGAAGAACUAUAAAUUCAAGCCUCCAUCCGGGCAUAACAACAGCAACCUAGUACAAUCAAAUACCGCGGGUUUGCCAUUUCAGGAGAGUUUCGAUACCGUCAUGAAUAAUAUCCGUAUUCUCAUCGCAUUUCCCGCUUGGAUUUUGCGCAACAGUCCUUUUAAGAUAAUGCGUAUCACACAGCAGUCAUCUGAUCAUUUUUCGAAGUAUAUGCACGAAUUAAUUUCUGCCCACAAGGCUAAAAUUGAAUCUGGUUCUACAGACGGUGAUAGCUCUUCUGCCCCAGGAGAUUUACUAAGCAGUAUUGUGAAGGCCAGCACCGGCAAUAAGGGUACAGGCCUUAGUGAAGAGGAGAUGGUUGGGAAUAUCUUCGUUUUUACGUUGGCUGGCCACGAAACGACAGCAACUACGCUUCAAUCCGCUCUGAUUUUACUUGCCUGCGAGCCGCAGGUUCGGAUGGAGGUACAGAAGGAGAUUGAUGAGAUAUGGGCAGGAAAGAAGACUGGAGAAGAUCUCACGUACGAUGAUUAUGGGAAGAUGAGGGUUAUAAUGGCGCUUAUGUUAGAAACCCUUCGCGUCUACCCACCGGUAGUCAUGCUCCCCAAAAUAACCACUGCUCGCAGCAGCGUCACAUACAACAACCAAACCAUCUCUAUCCCCGCCAAUAGUAGAGUAUUGAUUGACGUGGUCUCCGUGCAACGGAACCCAAAGUACUGGGGCCCCAACAACCACUCCUUCGUCCCCUCACGCUGGCUAAUGCCCUCCUCAUACACCCCACCCCCGGAUUCAAACAACGAGUCCCCCGCGCAUGCCAACCUGUUCUGUCCUCCCAAAGGAGCAUUCAUUGCUUUUAAUGGUGGGUUUCGAGCCUGCUUGGGCAGAAAAUUCGCUCAGGUUGAGUUUUGCACGCUGAUUUCGGUGUUGCUGAGGGGACAUAGUGUGGAGUUGGUGAGGGAGAAGGGCAAGGGAUGGGAGGAGACGAGGGCGAAGGCGCUGGUUGAUUUGGAUGAUAGGCGCACGGGGGUGGCGAUGAGGAUGAAUAAGAAGGUUAGGGUUAGGUUCGUGAAGAGGGGGAUGGAAUCUUCUCCUUUGGCAUAG